AUGGAAUCACUUCAAGAUGAAAGGAGCCAAGUACUGACUUUAAACGUCUGGGUUGAACAAACUUGGCGUGAUGAAAGGAUUUCUUGGGAUCCGCAGGACUAUGGUAAUAUCAGUAAAUUAACGGUUGGUACACAGCACCUCUGGAUUCCCGACAUUGUGCUUUAUAAUAAUGCUCGAGAUUUUUCACGUGGAUUCGUCAAUACAAAUGUUCACGUACUACAGUGGGCUCCACCAGUUAAAAUAUAUUCAAUAUGCGAGUUAGAUGUUACAUAUUUUCCCUUCGAUGAUCAAUUUUGUUCCUUAGAGUUUGGAUCGUGUAAGUUGGACGUGCAAAUCCUCGAAAGACAUGGCGAGAAAGCACCAUUCACAAAAGAUUCAUUUAUAGAGAAUGGCGAAUGGGAGAUUGUGGCUAACCGAACUCGAAAAGUUUUAAAGGGUCGACAUUCGCUUUUUCCAACAAUUAUCUUUGAACUUCAUCUUCGACGUAGAGUUUUAUACUUUCUCUACAAUAUUAUUGUCCCCUGUGUCAUGUUAUCCUUACUAACGAUGAUGCAAUUUAUAUUACCGUGUGAAAGCGGUGAGAAGAUAACUCUUGGAUUAACCGUUCUUCUCGCCUAUUCCGUUUUUACGAUUUAUUUGAUGGGUAUAAUGUUUAUAUCUGGGUUGAGUGUUUGUUUAUCGGUCAUUGUCUUGAAUAUUCGACAUGGUGCGGAACGCGGUUACAAACCACCAAAAUGGCUAAAAUUUAUCGCUUAUCGAAUUUUAAGCCGUUUAUUUUGCAACGCAACUAUUCUCUCAAAACGAAAGCUUAUUCAAAAAGAAAGUCCUCGUGAUCUCUUAAGUCGGAUAUUGUUGGAACACAUUGAAGCCGAGCAAAAUCAAGGAGAAUUAGUGCAACAAUGGCGCGAAAUGUACAACUGUUACACUCCUUUUGCUUGCACCACAGAAUAA